UUCAGCCUAUUUAAUUAUUACUCCGUAUAUAUUAUAUAUAAAGUGAUCUUCAAUCUUCAUAAUUUUCUUGCGCCUCUUUAUUUUCCCCAAAAAAUGGAAAAUGAGGGACGGAUGAAUAAUGCAGCAGCUGCAUCAACAACAUCUCAAAAUGAAGAACAAGAGCCUCCAAUAAGAUCAGUAGUUUCUUUGAAAAACAGAAAACGCAUAAGAGAAUUCGAAAAGGUUGAAGAAUGUUUCAUCUUAGAUUUUGAUCUUCAUGAAUCAUCCUCGAAGCCGCCUCCUCCUUCCCAAUUUGAUGAUGAUGUUAAUUUCAAAGUUAUCGCUGUACAUGGAAAGGUGGCUUUAAGAGAUUUUCCACAUUCAAGGCAUCAAUGCGCGAAAUACCCAUUCUCAAAGACACCCCAUGAGACACAUUGCAAACUGUGUCACUGUUACGUUUGUGAUAUAGCUGCUCCUUGUGAUGAAUGGUCGGACCACUGCCAUGCGGUCCAUAUACCAUUUAGUGAAUGGUGGUAUCAUCGGAGGCGAAUGAGAGGACGACGAGACUCCAGCACGGACUCAGACUCCGACUCCAAUUAUUUCGCAUAAAUGUUACUUAAAUCUUGAAAUUUAGUUGUUUUUUAAUUUCAUGCAUGAGUCGUUUUUGGAGAAGGACUUGAAGAUAUGUAUUGAAAACCUAUGAGCUAGCUACUUAAAUCUUGUUUUUCAUUCUCGUAGUGUAUUUUGAUUUACAUUUUAGUCCAUUUUGGUUUGAGAAGACGACAUCGAUUUUGUUAGGUUCAGGUCUUCCGUCUAUGGUUGUUCAUUCCGUGUAUAAUUUUAAAUAUUAUAGAGUA